AUGCCCUCAGGCGGUUUCAAAGUCAUAGUCGUCGGGGGCGGCCCCGUAGGACUGACAGCAGCCCACGCGCUAACCCGUGCCAAUAUCGACUUUGUUGUCCUCGAGAGACGAUCUUGUAUCGUUAUAGAUGCCGGUGCUAGCUUGGUCCUUGUGCCAAUGGGGAUGCGUGUUCUGGGACAGCUCGGACUCCUUGACUCCUUGAAGAAAGUCAGCAGUCCACUACCUCAGAUUGGCCGGUGCGAUCAUAACGGAAAUGAUCUCGGCGUUAUGACGAUCUUCGAAGGGAUAAAGAAGAACCAUGGCGAAUAUCCCAGGGUACUUGGCCGACACGAAUUGACGAAAAUACUCUUUGAGAGCCUCCCGCGGGAGAGCCAGGAACGCAUGCGACCAAACAAGCAAGUCCAGAACAUCUCUACUUCGAAAGACGGCGUAACAGUGAGUUGCACUGAUGGCACAUCCUUCGAAGGAAGUAUCGUCAUUGGGGCAGAUGGCUGUCAUAGUCCUGUACGGGAGCAGAUGCGACUCAUGGCCCUUAACACAGAACCUACAAGCGGCGCUGCCCUUAACGCGGAGAAUCCAUACCUCACAACAUACCGGUGCUUUUGGGUAAGGUUCCCCACGAAGACUGGCCUUCAGCCUGGGCAAGUGAAUGAGACUCACGGCAACGGGCUGGGAAUUCAGGUGUUUGCUGGCGAUGAUACUGCGGUCAUGGGACUGUACGAGCGCUUAGAGAAGCCGACAAAGUUGCGCGCUCGGUAUACUGAAAUUGACGAGGAAGCUUUCGUUGGCCGCUGGGGUCAUCUGCCCAUCGCUAAAGGUGUGACCGUGCGAGACGCUUACAACGCACGUAUACACACCGGUUUAGUUGAUCUCGAGGAAGGGGUGGUGGAGCAUUGGAGCUGGGGCCGGAUCGUACUCGUCGGCGAUGCUAAGCACAAGUUCACACCGAGCACCGGGUCCGGAUUCAACAAUGGUGUUGCCGACGUAGCAGUCUUGAUGAAUCAGCUACACAGAAUCGUGGGCAGCAAUGACAAUCGCCCUCAGUCGCAAUCUACAAGUCCAUCUAUGAACGAUAUCACCACUGCUUUCAAGAUUUAUCAAGACACUCGAUAUGAUUCUGUCAAAGCAGGCUGUGAGCAGUCAUCUGGUGCUACGGCUAUGGCAACCUGGCAGAGCACAGGGUUGUGGUUCUUCGAUAAAUACAUCUUCCCCAGUGCUUUCUUGCAAAGGUUUCUGGCCAAUCGAGGCUCCAAAACCAUUGCGAAAACACCAGUUCUGGAUUUUGUCAGUGGCGCUGAGCCUAUGAACGGAGUGGUCCCCUGGGUGCAGCCUAUAAAGUCCAGUUUCUAA